AUGAAUUUAUUAAAUAACUUAGGAAAAUGUAAAUAUGAAAGAAGUCAUCCUUAUCUUGCUCAUCAUGAGCAUCAACCUAUCGAUGUUCAAACUGAAAAUAAUAAAAUGACAUCAAGUCCUUUAGAACAGUGGAUUUGGGAAAAUGGAUGUAAAACUUUACAAAAUUUUCAUCUUAAAUCUGAUAUUCUCAGUUUUAAAUCAUCAUCAAUUCAUUCAAAAUGUCCAACACUUGAACUUGAUUUAAAUUUGGCUAAACAUUUAACAGAAGUUGAUUUACUUUCUCAAGCAAAUGUAUUACAACAAAUGAUACAUGUAUAUUCAUAUGAAAUGUUAACAAAUCAAUUAGCACAAAAUUUAUUACGUAUACAUGGAAUAUGGUUUGAAUUAUACUCAGGUAGAGUACUAAUAUAUAGUCGUUUAAAUAAAGCAUUUCUACCUAUUACUGAAGAGACAAUUACUUCAUUACUUCAUGAAUUAUAA